AUGGAAAAGCGAAUAAAGCUCAAUUCAGGGAACACUAUUCCGGUAAUUGGAUUUGGCACCUGGCCGAUCGCUGAAGAAUCUGCUCCAGAUCUUGUGUACAAUGCAUUAAAAGCGGGUUAUCGUCUAAUUGAUUCUGCUGAAUACUAUGGUAACGAGAAAGGAAUAGCGAAGGGUAUUCAUAAAUGGUUGGAAGAGGAUAAAAUAUAUCACAAAAGAAGCGAUGUAUUUUUCACUACAAAGAUAGAUGACAAAGAUCAUGGAUAUUUAAAGUCAAAAGCUGUGAUCAAAAAAUCUCUUAGAAAUGUAGAAUGCAUUGGAUAUAUUGAUCUUAUUUUAAUACAUUCACCACAGUCUGAUUACAAAAGAAGGCACGGAACAUGGAUUGCUUUGCAAGAGGCAGUGGAAGAAGGUUCUGUUAAGAGCAUUGGUGUUUCGAAUUAUGGUAUAGAUCAUUUGAAAGAGCUUUUGUCCUACCCUGAUUUACGAAUUAUUCCAUCUGUAAACCAGUUGGAGAUUCAUCCUUGGCUUACAAGGAAAGAGCUUGUUCAAUUUUGCCGGAAAUUUAAUUUAACUGUUGAGGCAUACUCACCGUUGACGCAAGGAAAUAAAUUGAAUGAUGUUAACCUAAAGCUUCUUGCCAAAAAAUAUCAUAAAUGCACUGCUCAAAUACUACUUCGCUGGUCUUUGGAGCAAGGGUUUAUUCCGAUUCCAAAAACGACACACGUAUCCAGAAUGCGACUAAAUUAUGAUGUGUUUGAUUUUAGUCUAACUCAAAAGGAACUCGUUAGCAUGGAUCAUGGAGAGGAAAAUAUAUGUUUCUGCUGGGAUCCAACAAUAUAUCCCAUAGAUAACAAGAUUUCCAAUUAA